CGCAGACUUACAGUACAGAUAAUGUAUUAUUUACUAAACUUACACACUCCAAUCUUCCGACUGCAGUGCACUUGCUUUUCGCCGUAGGUUUCACGGCAACCGCGCCAGAUGCUGAACAUCAACGGGUCGAAGAUCUGAACCGUCGUCAGUCAUUUGUAGCACCAAACCAAUCGAGCAACGAAUAUAACUCUCAGUCAUCUGCGGGACCGAACGAAACAAGGAAUGAGCAAAGGAACGAAAGGAUCGCAGUUCGUCGCUCAUCACGACUUGCACAAAGGGAAUUACCCGACUACGAAGAAACCAGUUUUGAAGUUCGGAUUGAUUCGGAUGACGAGGACUGCGUUCACGAACUCGUUGAAGAAUUCCUCGCAAAGUUUGUUGAUAAGUUUCCGGAGACGCAGCCAGUUUUCUACCUGAAGGAUAUGGAGAACGUGUUAGAAGAGCUGCUGCACUUUUUAAAGGAAAAUUCAAUCGCUCUAACGGCCAGGAUAAUUGUGAAUUAUCAAAUGGCUGCGGAUCUCGGGGGAGUGUUGCGAGAUAUCACAAGUAAAGCCUGGAUUCAAGCAGAGCGGUCUUGCUAUUUUGAAGGCGACCGGGAAAAAGUUAUCACCAGCGCGUUAAUCCCUGAAUGGAUUUGUGUAUCAAUUGGAAAACUGAUUUUCGUUUGCCUUGCUCACGGAGGCGCAUUUCCGACAUUUAUUCAUGCGUCCCUUCUGGAUUUCAUCUUCGAACAAAAGCGUCAGUAUAAAAGCAUCGAAAGCGUAUUCCCAUCGACUAAGAAUUUGACUAAUCUCAUCCAAAGCGUCGAGUGCAACAGCAAUUUACCUGAACAAAUUCCAGAAUUAAGGAGUUGGAUGAUUGAUCACGAUAUUCAGCCAUACUUCUGGAAGGAUAUGGGAAAAGGCCAGGUUCUUUCUACUUUGUCUCAGUACGAGCUGAUUGAUCGAAGAACUAGGAACCUUUCCCUGAUCAAAGCGGGUUUUGACCAGCAUUCUAUUGUUAAUGAAAUUGUGGAACUGGGGCUGCAAAGUACUUUGGCUACUUACCUCUUGCAGACGGUGUCGACGGCUAAGGAAUUCAAAAACCAGAUAAAACCUUUAACUUUGACGAACAAACAGGACCAGACUACAUUUGAUCAUUUUAUGCGUUACAUUGAGGAAUCGCCGGAAGUGCGUUUGCAACAACUUAUGUUGUUCAUUGUGGGAUCCUGCCGGAUCCCGGUGCCUAAUAAAAUCGGGGUUGAUUUUAUGCGUUCCGAAACGAAACUCUGGCCUGUUGCCCACACUUGUGAUCCCUCCAUUGAGCUAUGGGCAUUUUAUCGAGAAGAUGACUAUGAAACGUUUGAGAGGGACCUGGACGGAGCACUGCGUUUGGGUUCGGACAGCUUCGGCAUAGCUUAACAAUUUUUUAACCUCUGUUAACUUUUAUUUUGCACACAUCUGUUUUGCCAAUUUUCCGAGUUUGUUAUUGUGGAGCCGCUACCUCAGGGUAUUAUAAAGGUUUUUUGAAAAGGGUUUUUUUACAUUAUUUUUUUAGUUCACAGAACACCUCAUCGUUUUUGUUUUGGUUCGCUCAGUUACGUUACCAUAACUGCUUUGUCAGGGAAACUGCUCAAGUUUCGAUGCUGUUUUUCGUUUUGCAGUUUGUUGUCACGCCCCAUUCUUUUUUGCUAAAUGACAUUUUCUGGUUUCAGUUAUUGUAAAGAUUUUGGCUAGGCUAAUUUUUUACUUGUUUUGCACUGCUGAUUUUAAACGACAAUUGCAACCUUUUUGAAAGAAAUCAAAUCCAAU